CUGGGACUUUGUAUACCAUUGAGUCGGUCGAAUUAAAAUUUGCACAAAACCUAUUGUGGCGUGAUAAUUUCCAUUGCCACAACCCCAGACCGACAGAGACGACAGACGGCGCAGCGGCGGCAGGGCGACGAUGACCAACCUGAGCGCCGACGAAGCCGAUUACUUCGAAAACGUCGCGGCCGACGAUCUCAAGGUGCUCCUGGACGAGCACUUUGGCAUUCUUUUAGCGCGGGUCGGUGCGCAUCCGUUUUGGCCGGCAAGGGUGUGUGAGAUGGAGGAGUGGAUCGCGUACCUCCCGCAUCGCCAACGCAAGGGACAGCUCUGCGUGUACUUCUACGGGUCUCACAAUUAGUACGUCAUAUCGUGUAUGCUUCACGUAAGCCCCCAUCUAAUCGCCCAUCGUCGUCGUUGUGUGCAGCGGGUGGAUUCUCCGCAGCAACGUGCAUGAGUUCAUGGACGAGCAUCCGUCCAUCAAGUCCAAGAAGGGGUCGAAACUCCACCUUCAGUACCUCGAAGGCAUCGAAGAGGCCAAAACAGCGAUUGCCGCGGCCAGGGAGACCCACGCGCACAUGACAUUCUCCGAGCGCAUCAAAUUAAAAAAACAUGAGGUCGAAACCGACGUCGCGUGCGCCGUGUGCAAGAAGAAGGGGACGUUCGAGCAACGGAUCGUGUGUGACGGCAAGGACUGCGAGCGAGAGUACCACAUGACGUGCCUCAAGCCCCCUCUUGUCGAGGUCCCUUCUGGCGAAUGGUUUUGUCCCCUGUGCAACCUAAGUCGUGUUGCGUCCGCCUUCAAGCGAACCCCAACGAAUGGAUCCUCAUUUUUGCAGCGAGGUCCGAGCGCGGUGUGCCCCAAUGAGAUUCCAUUGCCGUCGCCAACAGUGGACGAGUCUGUCCAGGCCACUCCGGUGGCUAGCACGUCCAACCGCCGCGACCGCAAACCCACGACGGACGCUAAACUGCGAAGAGAUCCCAGAGGACGGGGCGAGAGGGAAGAUCAACCAGCACGGCCCCCGCCCACGGUGGACUUGGCGUCGGAAGAACGCUGCUUCUUGUGCGGCCUUGGGGGCGAGUUGGUCGUGUGCGAGUUCCCUAGAUGCACCAAAGUGUACCAUCAACUGUGCUUGGGCGCGUUUCCGUUCCCCACGGAUGAAGACACCGAGUGGGUAUGCCCUCGCCACAGUUGCGUUUUGUCGGGCCGGAAAGAACCCCCCGUGCAAACGUCCACCAAAUCCAUUUGGCAUUGCCUGCACUGCCCCGUCGCGGUCGACGACACCGUCUUGCCCUCGCAUCCUGCUUUGAGCAAGAUCAGCCGUCGCGAGAAAACCAUGGUAUGUCCACACUGCAAUGCGCCAAGCCCCAAGGUCCGCCUCGCCAAAAUCCUCGAGCGCAUUUGGUCGGUCAUUGCAACCAAUCGCCAAGGCAUGCCGUUUUGUGGCCCGCUUCUUGUGGGCAUCGACCGGCCGGCGGAUAUGGAUCCGCAUCUACUCCCCCUCGAUCUGUUCCAAAUCAUCGCGUUGGUGCGAAACCUGCGCUAUUCCAGCGAAGACGCGUUCGUACGGGACAUCCACACGGUCGUGGAAACUGCGCUUGUGAUUUUGAAGGACCAGUCGGCACCGCUUGUGGAGGCCGCCAAAACCAUGAGUAUCGUCGUGCGCGAACAAAUGCAAUACCAUCAAGCGCAAUUUCAAAGCAUUCAAACUCUUAUGAAACAUUUUUACGACGCCAACCAGAAGGUCGAUGAUCCGUCAACGUGGAAUAUUGCGUGGCGCAAAGAGUGCAUGCCGUUUGGCGACAAGAGCUACGUCCACAUAGAAGCCCGAUCAAUCGACGAGUGGACCAGUUAUGUAGCGAAUGCGACGCUGUAUGCAAAUUUGACGCCGAGGGCUCAGCCCGAAGGUAUUGAGGAACGGCUCCCCAGGCCCGACACGGCUCCCCCCCCGCCGCUACCAAGAAUGACCAAGGAGGCAUCCACAGAGGCGGCUCCUGUUGCCACAGACCAUUCUGCGGCACCAGCAUCGAUAGACCAGCGAAAAAGUUUGACGCUGUCCGAUGGCAUCGACGUGUUGGUGGCCCUGUCUGACUUGGGCAAUCAGCAGCAGCUACGAUAUCAAGCCCCAACCACCACCACGUCUUCAAUUGCACAGUCUGGUGAAGCAGCGGAGCCGUCGAUUUAUCGCGAAGAACUGGGUCUGACCCCGUCCAUUUGUGAAAUGGACGCGAUGUUUCAACAACAAGCAUCCCUUCUACGGAAAGCGUUGAGCGCACAUGCAACCUUAGAACAUGCGUGGAACAUCAGCAAACAACACAUGCUGGGCAUGCGGCAAGAUCAAGUCAUCAGCAUUGGCGAGGGACGGUUGGCUGCAGAAUUGCGCAUGGCCAACAACAACCUCAAAGCUCGACUGCGAAAUAAAGAUCAGAUGCUGCAGCAACUGACCUCGGACCACUUGGAUCUCAACGGACAAGUAAAACAGCUGCAAUGUGCAUUGGAUAAGAAAGAGGCCCAACUCAAGCACCUGCAAGGGGAAGUCGACCCUUCCAAGCGCAGUAAUGACGCUAAGUUUUCAGCGGGUGACGACGACGACCAUGGCAGUUCCCCCAUAGAAAAACGCGCGCGUUUGGAGGACGACUCGCCCGCCAUCAAGCGGGGAAGGGGCCGGCCGCCAAAGAAACGACCGAGCUUUCAUUAAGUCGGGCUAACAAAGUGCAAUUUUACUAGGAUGUGGAUCCGUACUCGUCAAAAAGACAAUAUGGGGUCA